CUCACAUAGGUGUAAAUACAUAUACUUAUGCAUGUAAUUUACAGUUCGAAUUGUAAAGAGCUCUUCGCAGCUUAGGCUUAUUAACAUUUGAAGAAAAUUAUUUUAAAAAGGUUUGAUGGAUCGCUACAACCGUGCUUGGAGAGAUCCCAAAUCUCCACUAACACCUAUAACACCACUUACAACGCGGUCAUUUAAUUUUGAUGAUAUUCCGCCGCCAGCGCCUUCCCCAUGCAGCUCGCAGAAUCGCAACUUUCGAGGGCUUAGGCCCAGCAGUCUUGCUGUACCUCAUCAAGCAGCUGGAUCUGCACGACGCUUGAUCAGUUCACGUGCACCUAGACAUUUCUCGCAGGAUUUUAUGAGCAUUAGAUCGGUCUUUUCGCCAUGUGCUCAUGGCACAGCAAAUCAAAGUAAUUUUGCGAAACCAAAAGGCGAUACCCGAUCAACUCAGCUCACGGACGACGUCUCUAAACGAACCCCACAAAAACGCCAUUUCAAGCGAAGCUCGCCAGUAAACCAGCCUGCACUUAGUCCACGGGUUAGUUCGCUGCUCAAUCGCACAGGUAACAAUCACCUGAUCGAUUUGUUCAAACGUCAGGAAAUCGACUUGGCAGUCCUCGUUCAGAUGACACUCGAGGAACUGGAAUCCCUUGGAGUUCGUGGCGUCCGGGAAUUAAAAUUGGCUAUCGAUUUAAUCAAAUUUGCUAAAAAGUUCAUUUAAUUGUGUCGUCAAUUAGAAUGUUUUCAAUAUUGUACGCUGUUUUAUAUUUGUCCUAUGUAUGUCGUUUUAAAAUUGUCUAAUUAAAUAUAUGAAACAAUAAAAAAAACAAAAAUUUAA